UAUUCUCUGUUCUCUUAGUACCAACGAUAAUUAAGUCAAAAUGCUGCGGUGUUCUUGUACCACAAAAACUCCCAUCUUCUUCUUCCUCUUUCUCAUCUUCCACUUUCAGAUUCUCUUCUACCAAGCACACUCUUGGAUAAAAGCUGGUUACUGGUUUUAUGGUUCUGAAUUUCCCGUUUCUAACAUAGAAACUUCUCUCUACACUCACCUCCUAUGCGCUUUUGCUGAUGUCAACGCUUCAACCUAUGAACUUUCCAUCCCUUCCGAUGCUGCAGCAUCAUUUCCUUCUUUCACAGCCACUGUCAAGCACACCAAUCCAUCUCUCUCUACACUUCUUUCCAUCGGUGGUGGUACUGCUGACCCCACUGUCUUAUCUUCCAUGGUAAGCAAUGCUUCUUCAAGAAAAUCAUUCAUUCACUCUUCAAUAACACUCGCUAGAACCUAUGGCUUCCAAGGCCUUGAUCUUUCAUGGGUUUCUGCUAACACUACCAAUGACUUGAAAAACAUGGGACUGCUCUUUCAAGAGUGGAGAGAAGCUGCAAAAUCUGAGGCAAUAAACUCCACCAACAAUAAUAAUCAAGAACUGAUUUUAACUGCGGCUGUUCCAUAUCAACCAGGUUCUGAUUUUGGUUCUUACCCUGUGGAGUCUAUUAGUGAUAACUUGAAUUGGAUAAAUGUUUUGGAUUAUGAUUACUACACACCUCAAUCAACAAAUUUCACUGGAGCUCAUUCAGCCUUGUAUGAUCCUUCUAGUGAUGUCAACACAGACACCGGAAUCAAGCGAUGGAUAGAUAGUGGGGUAUCUGCUAGUAAGUUGGUUUUGUCGUUACCAUUCUAUGGAUAUGCAUGGAAGCUUAGGAACCAAAGGGAGAAUGGAAUAGGUGCAGCAGCAACAGGUCCAGCAAUCACAAAAGAAGGAGACAUGACCUACAAGGAUAUCAAGGAUUAUGUUCAAAGAUAUGAAGCAACUGUGUUGUAUAAUGCUACUUACGUGGUCAAUUAUUUUUCAGUUGGGUCAAAUUGGAUAGGAUUUGAUGAUGUGAAUGCUGUUAAAACCAAGGUGUCUUAUGCUAAAGAAAAGAAACUAGGUGGUUAUGUUGUAUGGCAAGUUCCCUAUGAUGAUGACAAAUGGCAGCUUUCUAGUGCUGCAGCUCAACAGGUGGUUGGCGGCAGAGAACACCAUAAUUGGCGGUUACCGGUGGUGAUCACUUUGACAAGUGCUGUAUGUAUUAUUCUGUUGGGUUUCAUAAUUUACUACAUAAGAAGGAGACUAGUAAAACCAAAGGGAAUCAUAAUUGCGGCUAGAGAUGCAGGACAUUUUCCUGAUUGUGUUCCUGAUGUGCAAGUCUUUAGCUUAUGUGAUAUUGACUUAGCCACUAAUAGAUUUUCGAUUGAAAACAAGCUUGGUCAGGGUGGCUAUGGUCCUGUUUACAAGGGAAUAUUACCAGAUGGCAGGGAAAUAGCAGUGAAGAAGUUAUCAAAGACUUCAUCACAAGGGUUUGAAGAAUUCAAGAAUGAGGUAACACUCACUGCAAGGCUACAGCACGUGAAUCUUGUUCGGUUGUUGGGUUUCUACAUUGAUAGAGAAGAACAGAUGCUGGUGUAUGAGUACAUGCCAAACAAAAGCCUUGACUACUAUCUAUUUGACCCUAUCAGGCGGCUUCUUCUGGAUUGGAGCAAGCGUGUAGCUAUUAUUGAGGGUGUUACUCAGGGACUACUUUAUCUACAAGAAUAUUCUAGAUUAACAAUAAUUCAUAGAGAUAUAAAAGCUAGCAACAUUCUGUUAGAUGGUGAGAUGAAACCAAAGAUUUCAGAUUUUGGUAUGGCAAGAAUAUUCUCAAAAGAUGAGCAAGAAGCAAACACGGCCAAGAUUGUUGGAACAUAUGGUUACGUAUCUCCUGAAUACCUUAAAAAAGGCUUGUAUUCAGUAAAAUCCGAUGUGUAUAGCUUUGGAGUUCUACUUCUACAGAUUAUAGGUGGCAAAGUAACAAGAUAUUAUGGCGAGCACGAAAACUUAACCUUGAUGGAAUAUGCUUAUGAUUUGUGGAAAGAAGGAAGAGGCAUCGAGUUUGCGGAUCCUUUUCUUGAUGACACAGCUUCAGGCUGCAAAAUAUUGAGGUGCAUACAAAUAGGUCUAUUAUGUGUGCAAGAAGAUGCCAAUGACAGGCCUUCUGUGUUGGAAAUUUCUUCUAUGUUAAGAAGUGAAACUGUUCUUGCUACACCAAAGAAGCCAGCGUUUUCAAGAGAAAACGACAUGCAGGAGCACGGUGAAAUUGUUAUGAAGCAAGAACAUUAUUCGGUUAACGAAGCAACAAUGUCUCAGACUGUGAACUUUCACAAAAAUUCUGAAUUAAGACUUAACCAAAUAUCCAAGAACAAGCUUGCACAAGAAAUUGUCCACAUGUGUGUAACAAAAUUGAUGUUGAAUUUUUAUUUGGAUGAAGAAAUACUUGAUGUGGACUUGAAUCAUAACUUUUCACAUACAACUUUGCCACUAGUGAUGGCUUCAACAUCAAUGCUUAGUUGCUUCUUCUUACUCAUCUUCCUUCCUCUCACUCUCAGAUAUCACACUGUUGCACACACUGCAUCAUCAUCGACAUGGGUCAAAGCUGGUUAUUACUAUUCUGCCAGUGAAAUCUCCGCUUCAGACAUCAAAUCCACACUCUUCACUCACCUCUUAUGCGCUUUUUCUUUCAUUAACUCGACCAACUAUAACAUCUUCAUCAACGCUUCUGAACUUCACAAGUUCUCAGCCUUCACCCAAACAGUUAAGUUCCAAAACCCAACCGUUUCAACGCUUCUAUCCAUCUGGGCUGGUGGCAGAGACAACACUUUCCUUUUCUCAAUGCUAAACCAAUCUUCUUAUAGAAAAUCCUUCAUUCAUUCUUCUAUUACAACAGCAAGGUCACAUGGUUUUCAAGGCAUAGAACUUAAUGGAGCAUCCCCAGUACCGGCUUCGGAGCUUGCCGAUUUCGGGAAACUUCUGGAGGAGUGGCGAGCUGCCAUAACUUCUGAGGCAAGAAACUCCAGUAAACCGGAGUUACUGUUAGUGAUGGCGGGUUACUACCUUAGAGCUUCAGAUUCAACGAGUUACCCUUUUGAUUCAAUGCAGAGGAACUUGGAUUGGGUGCAUUUUCUGGCAUAUGAUUACUAUGUUCCUACAAAGAACAAUAUCACGGGUUUUCAUGCAGCUUUGUAUGGUCCAACUAAUUGGGACAACACUGAUUCUGGUAUCAAAGAAUGGAGAAGAAGGGGAUUCUCAUCUAACAAGCUUGUAAUUGGGUUGCCUUAUCAUGGAUAUGCAUGGACACUUGUGAAUCAAGGGGAGAAUUGCAUCGCGGCACCAGCAUCGGGACCUGCCAUUACAAGGGAUGGUUCCAUGGGUUAUAAGUUGAUAAAGAGUUUUCUUAGAAGCUUCGGGAGUAAUGGUGUUGUUUCAAGAUUUAAUAACACUUUUGUGGUGGAUGAGUUCACAGUUGCAGCCACCAUUUGGGUUGAUUUUGAUGAUGUGGAUUCAAUCAGAGCCAAAGUUUCUUAUGCCAAGGAAAAGGGACUUCUUGGCUACAGUGUGUUCCAACUUGCCAACGAUGACAAUUGGGUCCUUUCAAAGGCAGCUCAAGAAGUAGAUGAAGAUCAUCAUAAGAGGAGGUUGUUGAUAAUUGUUCUGCUAUCAACAGUAACUGUCAUAAUUCUGUUGGGAAUAGUGUUUUGCUACUGCCACAGUGGAACCGCAGCCACCAUUACAAAAGCAUUAUACAAAAUAAGGAAAUGUUUAUCAGGAGCUGAACAAGAUCAUGUAGAAGGGAAUGGUUCUGACUUGACUGCAUUCAGUUAUCUCACAAUCAAAAUGGCAACAAAUAACUUCUCAAGAGAUAAUAAACUUGGAGAGGGUGGAUUUGGCACGGUUUAUAAGGGAAAAUUACGAAAGGGGCAGGAGAUAGCUGUGAAACGGCUCUCAGAAAGCUCGAAUCAAGGCCUAGAAGAGUUCAAAAAUGAAAUCGCGCUUACGGCAAGAUUACAACAUGUGAAUUUGGUUAGACUUCUGGGUUACUGCACAAAAAGGGAUGAGAAGAUUUUAAUCUACGAAUACCUACCAAACAAAAGCUUAGAUCAUUUUCUCUUUGAUCCAAGGAAAUCAAUUCUUUUAGACUGGAGCAAGCGUGCCAACAUCAUUGAAGGGGUUACUCAAGGCCUUCUUUAUCUCCAAGAGUACUCAAAUUUCACCAUAAUCCACCGAGAUCUCAAAGCCAGUAAUAUUUUAUUAGACCAUAAUAUGAAUCCCAAGAUAUCAGAUUUUGGGAUGGCAAGAAUUUUCAGGAAAUAUGACCUUGAAGCAAACACAAGCAGGAUUGUUGGGACAUACGGUUAUGUACCUCCUGAGUAUGUGAGAAAAGGCAUAUACUCGACGAAGUACGAUGUUUAUAGCUUUGGAGUUCUUCUGUUGCAAAUCAUAAGUGGGAAGAGGACUUCAUGUUACUAUGGACCACAUGAAAAUAUGAACCUGUUGGAAUAUGCAUAUGAGCUGUGGAUGGAGGGAAGAGGGGUGGAAUUUUUAGACCCUUCAUUAGAUGAUACAACAUCAGCAUGUAAACUCAUGAGAUGCAUGCAAGUAGCUCUUUUGUGUGUUCAAGAGAACUCUGCAGAUAGACCUUCCAUGUUGGAAGUUGAUUCAAUUCUCAAGAAUGAAACUGCAGCUAUUGGUAGUCCCAAAAUGCCUGGUUUUUCAGUGAAGAAACAUGAAGAUGAUGAGAAAGAAAGAUCCAUAAAAUAUGUUUCAAUUAAUGAUGUUACAAUUUCUCAAAUGAUACCAAGAUGAUGAUUGCAUGGAGCAGAACAUGCAAUGUAAUGCACAGAGAAAUUAUAUUUACACCACUCUGUAUAUUCUCCUUUUAUAAUAUAAAAGUGUAUAUAUCAUUCCGGUUAAUUUAAACCUUUCAUAAUAAUAUAAUAUAAUAACUAGAGUGGCCGGUCAAUGUCAACUCAUCAUCACACGUUGUAAACCAAACAUAUUGCAACCAUGUUUCUUCCA